CAAAAUCAUUUUAAUUAGUCUACAAUCAUUCUGGAAUUAUUUUAAAACAAAUAAAACCCACAAGUCAGCUGCUUUAAGGAUCAUUGACUUCAACAUCCUGUGAGAACAAUGUUUUGAAUUAUUUAUGAUAGCUAUCUACAAUACUGAUAUUUGAUUCAUGCUUACUUAGUGGGUUAUUUUUCACACCAUCUUUAAACCUCAGAUGCUGUUGUGCAGUGGACAAUAGAUCUUCAGUGGACGUUGGCCAUACAGUUACCAAUCCAUUCUUGAUUCCAUAUUUGGUUCCAUACGAGAACAGUUCUUUAUUCAAAGCCCCUUAAUACUUUAGUGGCCAGUUGUGUUUUUUGUUUUAUGAAUCAUAAAAAUGCAACUUCAAAGUAAGUCCACUGAAAUUAUUAAUCAAACUCUGAGUGUUGCACGAAGUAAAACAGAAUCAAUAAUGCCACUUAUCUUUUGCUUAAACUGUUCUUUUUCUCACUGAGCCAGAUUCACCGAGAAAAUUCGCAUGGGUAAAGUAUGUGCACACUCAUUCCUUCCUUCUUGCCUGGCAAAUGUUCCAUUCAACACUGACAAGCCUCCGUGAUUAUUGCCAAUGUCAAAGUGAUCUUGGAUUUAUUUCAGGCCAGCUUCAAGGGUUGUUAAAUUGAGGAAAGAUGUCAAAAAGGCACGAACAUUAAUCAUCCGAAAAUUAACAAGAAAAAUGGUCCAGCUGAAAGCUAAAAAGGGAACGGAAGACCUCAUCUUGAAAAAUUUGCGACGUGCAGAAAGAUUGCUGGACGAAAUCCACAUAAUGAAGGAUUUGAAACCAGAUUAUAUUUCUAAAACUGCACUUCAGAGAAACCUCAAUUUUGAAAUAGUCUGCAAAAAGCCCAAAUCCACAGUAGCUGAGCGAGCAGUUGCACGAAUUGCCUCGCAUCCACUCAUAAGCAGAAAAAUUGAAGCUAUUAAAGUUGCUGUAACUUCAUUCAAAGAAGCGAGACAAAAAGCAAAAAGACAAAGAUUGUGCAGUACGCCUCAUUUACAAACUGAAUCUUUGAAACAGACAAGUCCAGAAGAAAGUAAACUCGAUGAAAUGAAUGAGAUAAAAGAAGAUGAUAAUGCCAGUGAGAGAAUCAAAAACAUAGCCUCCAAACCAGUGAGUGCGACUGUUAAAACAUCUGACACUAAAGCUCUGCAUAAUGACACAACCUCCGAAACCCCAGCUGCAGAAAUAACAUUGACUGGUCAACAUAGUGAAGAGAGUAAGCCACAGGGAAAAAUAAAAGCUUUCACUAAGUACGAAAAUACCAAAGCUGUUGAAGUAAAUGCCAGCGAUCCGGAUGUAUCCACUGUUCCUGGUGUAUCCCAUCGUUCGGAUGUAUCCAGUGAAGACGAGAAGUAUUUUGACGACAGCACAGAGGAGAGGUAUUACAAUCAAACAUCUAGUGAUGACAGUGGGGAUGAUGAUUUCUUCAUUGGAAAGGUGAAAAGGAUAAGUAAAAAGAACCAAGAACUUGAUCCAACUUUGGAAGCCAACACUCUGAAAGAUGAUGAAGAAAUCAUGCCAAAUGUCAUGAAGAAAGGGAAGAAUGAUCCCAUGGGUUGUGAUGGAAAGAACAACAACAGCCCAAAAACAACAUUUGGUUCUUUGUUUUGUAACAACUUGUCUGAUUCAAAGAUUUUGAAACAGAAGAGCAACUUCCAAGGAAAUGUCAAGAAAAAGCAAUCAGAUGUUACACGAAGAAAGUCCCAAAAUAAGAUCCUGCCCUUUCGUGGGAGAUCAAGUGGGAGGUCUAAUGUUGUCUUUCCAAAGCCACAGCAAUCACUUCAUCCCUCUUGGGAAGCAAGCAAAAGGCAGAAAGAGCAGUCUAAGAUCAUUGCAUUCCAGGGGAAAAAGAUCAAAUUUGAUGAUUAGUGUUUUAAAAAAGACAUUCAUUACAUAUUUUUGUAUUCAAAAAGGUUUCACAUAAUGACAUUUUUCACAUAGAUAUGAAGCAUCUGUCCUGUGUUUUUUAUACCAAGAAGAAUUGUAGAGUUCAUUUUAAUGCAGUUUAUUUAUCAUUGCUUCUAAACUUGUGAAGUGCACUUCCUGAAAGGCAACACAUUUGAAAUUCAUUUUGGAACAUUUACAAGAUUUGUUAAAUAUUAAGUACAGGAUGUGGGAAAUGUUGUUUAUGUACAAUGUUUGGUUGAGGAGUAUUUACUAUAUGCAAAUAUAGAAAAUAUUGAAGUCUGGAACAGAACUAAGAUUAUUUCUAGUAGUGAUAAUUCAGUAAAUAUUCUCAUUAGCAUUUUGUUAAUUAUUUAACUUUAUGGUGGUCACUGUAUUGUCACAUUUGUAAGAACAGAACCUCAUCUUGAUUUCCUGCUUUACCUUUCGCAGAUUGUUCCUGCAACAGGAAGAUCUUUUAUUCUUCAAAACCUAAAGGCACCUUUUUUAGUUAAGCUUUCAGUGGUUAAUGUCAGCAGGGAACUAGACAACUGCAAACUAGAUCAUGUUACUUGGGACUGUCUGAGUAGAUUGUGCCAAUAAAUUAUUAUUUUGUUAUAAACAUUUUAAUGGAUUGCUGAGAAAAAUUCAUGGUUGAUUAUCAGACAAAAACACAAGUCAUGAGUACUGUCCUAAAAACUUUCUAUCGAGAAUUUCUUGUUUCCAAAUGCAGAUUAACCCUUAGGAUGACAACAGUUCCAAAGAGUUUUCAAUUCCUCAUGUCAUGCCAUGAACUAAGAUGGGCAGAGUAGUAAUUUAUAGAUUAUUGAAUGAAUGACAUCACAUUAAUGUAACUUAGAAUAUAUUUGCUUCUAAAAUUCUGGUGUUAUGUGUGCAUUACAGCCAUGGCCAGAGAAUCUUGUCUUUUGUUUUUGGUGUUUUGGAUCACAAUUCUGAGAUAUUGCUGACCUAUUAUGUUUCUGACUAUGGAAUUCUGAAUAAAAAAUGUAACUCCCCUGUA